CCCCCCCCUUGUCCCCCCAGAGCUGUUUCCGGUGCAGAUGGAGGGGGUGAAGCUGACGGUGAACAAGGGGCUCAGCAACCACUUCCAGGUGAACCACACGGUGGCGCUGAGCACCUUGGGAGAGUCCAAUUACCAUUUCGGGGCCACCUACGUGGGGACCAAGCAGCUGAGCCCCGACCGAGGCGUUCCCGGUGCUGGUCGGGGACAUGGACAACAGCGGCAGCCUCAAUGCACAGAUCAUCCACCAGCUCACGACCCGCCUGCGCUCCAAAGUGGCGUUCCAGACCCAGGGCUCCAAGUUCAUCAACUGGCAGCUGGACGGGGAGUACCGGGGGGGGGACUUCACGGCGGCCGUGACCUUGGGGAACCCCGACAUCCUGCUGGGCUCCGGGAUCCUGGUGGCCCAUUAUCUGCAGAGCGUCACCCCCAGUUUGGCGCUGGGGGGGGAGCUGGUUUAUCACCGGCGCCCCGGGGAGGAGGGGACGGUCCUGUCGCUGGCGGCGCGAUACACAGCACCCAACUGGAUCGGGACCCUGACGCUGGGCCAGGCGGGAGCUCACGCCACCUAUUACCAUCGCGCUAACGAGCAGCUGCAGGUGGGGGUGGAGCUGGAGGCCAGCGCCCGGCUCAGGGACAGCAGCGUCACCUUCGGGUACCAGCUGGAGCUGCCACGGGGACACCUGCUCUUCAGGGGGUCACUGGACAGCACUGGUCUGGUGGGGGCGGUGCUGGAGAAGAAGCUGCCGCCCCUCCCCCUCACGCUGGCUCUGGGCGCCUUCCUGCACCACGGCCGCGACAAGUUCCACUGCGGCUUCGGCCUCACCAUCGGAUGAGCUUCAUCACCAUCAUCAUCAUCAUCACCAUCGGAUGAGCUUCAUCAUCAUCAUCAUCAUCAUCGGAUGAGAUUCAUCGUCAUCAUCAUCAUCAUCAUCAUCAUUGGAUGAGCUUCAUCGUCAUCAUCAUCAUCAUCAUCGUCACCAUCGGAUGAGCUUCAUCACCAUCAUCAUCAUCAUCAUCAUCACCAUUGGAUGAGCUUCAUCACCAUCAUCAUCAUCAUCGUCAUUGUCAUCAUCAUCACCAUCGGAUGAGCCUUCAUCAUCAUCAUCGUCAUCAUCAUCAUCAUCAUCAUCAUCAUCAUCAUCAUCAUCAUCAUCAUCAUCACCAUUGGAUGAGCUUCAUCAUCAUCAUCAUCAUCAUCAUUGGAUGAGCUUCAUCACCAUCAUCAUCAUCAUCAUCAUCAUUGGAUGAGCUUCAUCAUCAUCAUCAUCAUCAUCACCAUCAUCAUCAUCAUCAUUGGAUGAGCUUCAUCAUCAUCAUCAUCAUCAUCAUCAUCAUCAUCGU